AUGGGCAAGGCGAGCAUCGCCUUCCGCAGCAAACCCAUCACCUCGCGAUCCCAACAGGCGAAGCCGCCCAAGCGCAGCAGCCCGGGCUGUUUCCGGUUCUUUGACCUGCCCGCCGAGAUCCGGGUCCACAUCCUCGGCCUGCUGAUCCACGACCCGGCCACCAGCCCCCGGGAUGUCGUCCGCGUGUUCCUGGCGUGCCAGCGGCUGUUCUCCGAGGCCGCCGCGCUGUUCUACCAUGAGGUCGUCCUGGACACGACGCGGUCCGGCGGCAAGCCCGACCACUUCCUGGUCGGCGCGCUGACCCGCGUCAGCCCGCGCCAGCACGUGCGGACCCUGAACGUCCAGUUCUACAUCAAGGACCACGCGCACCUCUUCUACGAGCGGUACCGGCCUGCGCUGCGGGACAUGGUGGAGCACGGGCGGCUCCGGUGCCUGGAUCUCGAGAUCCACAGCCGGUUCCCGUCGGCCGACUUCUGGGGCGGCGACCUGGACAAGCACACGCAGGACUUCCGCUUCUUGGUGGGCAGGCGCAAGGACCGCGAGGUGGUCGCGCCGCUCUUCGUGAGCAAGCCGCCCUUCCAGAGCUUCCUCAAGUUCCUCAAGGAUGCCAACGUGCCGGAACUGAGGCUGUAUGUGGACAGCCUCGACCACCACGCCUUCUGGUGCGCGUUUCACCGGUUGCAUGCCUCUGGCCAGGAAUGCAAUGGCGAGUGGAAAGGCAAGGCAAGGAUGUUGAAGGUGAGGUGGAAGGACGUCGUCACGGCAUUCCGAGGGGCUCAAGUGAUAGGACCUAUCUCAUAUGACGUUCGAGGAGUCGACUAUCGCUAG